AAGUCAUUUCAGAGGAAACUCCCACAGAGCUCUCAAGAGCUGGUGAGGAGUGCAUUCACAAGAAGGAGGCCCUGACGGAGGGACGAAAGGAAGCCAAGUCUUAAUCAUGGGAGACUCUGUGACAAAGUGAUAAAACACAGCAGAGUUUCCAGAAGAAUAAAGGGGGCACGUGGCCCUGCAUGACUUCCACCAAAAGGAUGCCUCUUCUCUGGGUUGCUCUUUGGUCGAUGCUCCCUCCAUUGGCUCUCCUCUCUAGUCUGGACACCUGUGUCAUCCAUGAGAGCAGCUCCUUUCAACAUGAGUCUCUGUUGCUGAAAUCUCUACACUGCCACAACGACUACAAGACACACGUCCACUGCAGGUGGAGGGAACACAGUGGGAGGGAGCUGGAGCUUUGGUUCAAGACAAAAAACAAAAAUGAGCGGUGUGAGCCACACGGCGCCACAGAUGAAGAUGAAAGCGGGCACAGGAUGGUCCAGUGCAGAUACAAAACCCAUGCUUUUGCCAUCGGCAUCAAACACACGGCCUUCUUCCUCGAUAAGAAGACCCCCUGCUCACCUGUCCAGAGCAGGCUUCUGGAUCUUUCUCAGCACUUGAGGACACGCACGCCAGUGAAUGUGUCUACACAAGAAGCAGGAGAUGAAGGCCAGCAGCUCAGCUGGUCCAGCCCUUACCCCUCCUCCUCCUCACUGAGUGAAAACAUCACAUAUCAGCUCGGAUACAGGAUGGGCACAGAGGACAACUGGACGACUCUGAAUACCACAAACACGAGCAUCACACUGGGGAAGCAGCUGCUGAUCCCGGGUCACAGGUAUGAAGCCAGGGUGAGGGCCCGGGCCAGCAGGGGUCAGUGGAGCGACUGGAGUCCUGUGGUGACCUGGAAGACUGAAGACGAUGCUGGGUACUCUCCCAGUUUGCACUGUGUCCUGAAUGGAGAGGAGGAGGUGAUGUGUAGCUGGGAGGUGAGCAGAAAGGUGGAUCACUUAAUUUCCUACCAGCUGGCCUGUCGACGCGGCCAGACUACACUGUCUGAGGGAUGUUGCGUGAACAGAACGGUGACUACUGUCCUCAGCGGGACGGCGCUGAAGUUCAGCUGCUGGUUAACUGUCGCAGACCCUGAACAUCUGCUGCUGGAGCUCCAGCCGACACGCAAUGCCAAGAUUUUUAAAGCCAACAAGCACAUUCGCCCAAAACCUCCACAGCAGGUGGUGGUGAAGGACAAAGGCAACAGCUGGACUGUAGAAUGGACCAAUCCAAGCCUACCCUCGGAUCUAAAUCUGAAUUAUCAGGUCUGCUAUUACAGGCUAGAAGAAAAGAGAUGUGAUGUCCCUGUGAAUGUUUCUGGGGCCUCCAUGUCCUGGAGCAUCCUGCAGUCAUCUCUGAUACCGUCCCAGCUCUACAAGGUCAGGGUCAGAUCGCUGGUCGACCCUGGAGAAGACUUCAUGUAUGAAGGAAUCCCAUCAGAGUGGACCAAUCCCGUGGACUGGACCUCUCAUGAAGCCACCUGGUCCCCACACACUCUGAUCUAUUGUUCCAUUGGUGUGCUUGUGGCCAUUGUCUUCCUAACACUCUACUGCACCAUCCCAGCUUGUCGGAGGAAGGUCCUUCUUUGGGUGGAUUCAGUUCCAUCUCCAGGAAAAAGUAAAAUCCUGUCAGAAUUCAAGUCUGCUACACACUGGACCUUUGUGCCGAGUGAAAACACAUCCUUUUUCAAAGUGCAACACUCGGACAGCAUGUCAACCUGCAGCUCCUCUCUUCCUUCACUGGAGCUCACCAAGGACACUGAAGGAACGUUUUUAGAGCAGGAUGACGGUAGCGGGACCUGUGAUAGUCCGGCUCUUACAGCUGAGACAGUGCAAGGCUCCGGCUUGUCUUCGAUGAGCUUCAGCGGGCCGUACAUCUUCUGUCAGAAUUCAGACUCAAACGGGAACCCAGAGGAUUUUAAGAGUGAAGAGAAAGAAGACACUGAGGAAACCCCUUCAGAUGACUCUGUAUCUCCACCUCCUCAGACUUUCACUCUGUUUGGGGAUGGUUAUGUAGAUCUGCCCGGCCGAAGCAUCUCCCACUCCUCACAGAAUCUUCCAUCUCACAGCGAUGCAGCCACAAGCUCACAGAGACUUGACAGCAAUGCUCAGGACCCAGAGUGUCCCGAUACGUCACCGUGGCUAAAGCAGACGAACAUCCAGGUGGGCCACAGUGAGCCCUCCAGCCACCUCCAAGCUCCGGCCUACACCUCAGUGACUUUCACUUCCUGGCCUCAGGAGGUCGUCUUACAAGCCUCUGGGUACUGCCACAUCCCCACGGCUCACGUGAGCAGCUGAGUAGCAUGGGGUCCAGUGGAAGAGUCCAAGAAACUGUUUACUGACUCCUUUUCCUUCCACUUUUACUUCACUUUGAUGAAAAACAUAAGCAUCAAGCUCUGACUUACUUCGAACUACCCAAUUCUGCCAGCACAUAUGUACAUCCUGAAUUCCAAAAAAAGUUGGGGCGCUGUGUAAAAUGUAAAAUGCAAUUAUUUUCAAAUAUUGCUUGUGAUCUUCGGGCUGAGACAGCACUGCAUUAAAAACAGGCAUGAUUGUGUAUUGGAAUCACUACAUGGACUCAGGAACACUUCCAGAAAUCACUGUCUGUCAAUGCAGUUCACCAUGUCAUCCAUAAAUGUAAGUUACAGCUGUAUCAGGCAAAGAAGAAGCUAUAUGUGGAUACCAUCCAGAAACACUGCCGUCUUCUCUGAGCCAAAACUCAUUUAAAAUGGACUGAGGCAACAUGGAAAACUGUUCUGUGGUCAGAUGAAUCAAAAUUUGAUUUUGAAAACCACAGAAAACAUGCCUUUAUCAGGACACAGCUUAAAACCCUGCACGCUGAUGGUAUGGGGUUGCAUAAGUGCUUAUGGCAUGGGCAGCUUACACAUCUGGAAAGACAUUAUCAAUGCUGAAAAGUAUACAGAGGUCUGAGAACAACAUAUGCUACAAUCUAGACACCGUCUCUUUCAGGGAAAGCCUUGCACAUUUCAGCAACACAAUGCAGAACCACAUACAAAAGAGCCCAGGUGCUUAACCGGUCUGCCUGCAGUCCAGACCUUUCACCAACGGAAAACAUUCGCCACUUCAUAAACAAAAAUCCUGCAAAGAUGAUGCAGGACUGCUGACCAUCUAGAAUCCUACUAUGGUAUGCUUUGGUCAGAAGGGGCAUAAGAAAUGGUAAGAAUUAGCAGAAAGUUGCAAAAAUGAGCUAUAAGUGGCAAAACUAGGUUAAAGGGCAACAAGAAAUGGCAUGAAUAGGCAAAAGUGUCAAAAUAGAUUAUAAGGGGCAAAAACGUGUUUAAAAAGAGAGCCAUAAAUGGAUUAGAAAUGGCAAAUAUGGAGGAAGAGUUGCAAAAAAUGGGUUAAAGAUGUUAAAAUGGAGAAAGCAGCACUAAUGGGUAAAUAGUGGCAAAAAAAAAAUUGGGAAAAAAUUAUGGAAAAGAAGCAAAAAUUGGUUAGAAGGGGCUUAAAGAAAUUGCAAAAAUGGGUUAAAAGGUGCAGUAAAGGGUUUAGAGUGUCAACAAUUGAAAAAAAAAAGGGCAAUAAGUGGCAAAAAUGGAAUUAGGGGAACGCUGGUUAAAAGUGGCAA